AGGCGGCUCUGGGCGGGUCUGGGUCCCUCCAGUGUUUUGGGGCCUAGGAGCUGUGGGAGGAGCCGGCGGCCUCACCGUGGUAACCGCAGCGCCGCCACCGCCGCCCCGCCUUGCAGGCCUCGGGACUGUCAUCGCCUUUGGGUGUGGGGAUACUUGGGCCACCGUCCCCGGAAAUAGCUCCGCCGGCUUUCUCAGAUACCCCCAUCCUCCCCACGCCACCGUCGCCGCCGCCAUGCAAGGGGAGGACGCCAGAUACCUCAAAAGGAAAGUUAAAGGAGGAAAUAUUGAUGUACAUCCAUCAGAAAAAGCACUGAUUGUUCAAUAUGAAGUGGAAGCUACUAUUCUUGGAGAGAUGGGUGAUCCCAUGUUGGGAGAACGAAAGGAAUGCCAAAAGAUCAUUCGUCUUAAGAGUCUCAAUGCCAACACGGAUAUAACUUCCCUGGCCCGGAAGGUGGUUGAAGAAUGUAAACUUAUCCAUCCCUCAAAACUAAAUGAGGUAGAACAGCUAUUGUACUAUCUACAGAAUCGCCGUGAUUCAUUGCCAGGAAAAGAAAAAAAAGAAAAAUCGAGCAAGCCUAAAGAUCCACCUCCUUUUGAAGGAAUGGAGAUUGAUGAAGUGGCUAACAUCAAUGACAUGGAUGAAUACAUUGAGUUACUAUAUGAAGAUAUUCCUGAUAAAGUUCGGGGUUCUGCUUUGAUCUUGCAACUUGCUCGAAAUCCUGAUAACUUGGAAGAACUACUAUUGAAUGAAACUGCCCUGGGUGCAUUAGCAAGAGUCCUGAGAGAAGACUGGAAACAAAGUGUUGAGUUAGCUACAAACAUAAUUUACAUCUUUUUCUGCUUUUCCAGCUUUUCUCAGUUCCAUGGACUUAUCACUCACUAUAAAAUUGGAGCUUUAUGUAUGAAUAUCAUUGAUCAUGAGUUAAAAAGACAUGAGCUUUGGCAAGAAGAACUCUCUAAAAAGAAGAAAGCUGUUGAUGAAGACCCUGAAAACCAGACCUUGAGAAAAGAUUAUGAAAAAACCUUUAAAAAAUACCAGGGGCUUGUGGUAAAACAGGAACAGCUCUUACGAGUUGCUCUUUAUCUGCUUCUGAAUCUUGCUGAGGAUACACGCACAGAACUGAAGAUGAGGAACAAGAACAUAGUUCACAUGCUGGUGAAGGCUCUUGAUCGGGACAAUUUUGAGCUACUUAUUCUAGUUGUGUCAUUCUUGAAGAAACUCAGCAUUUUUAUGGAGAAUAAAAAUGAUAUGGUGGAAAUGGAUAUUGUUGAAAAACUGGUAAAAAUGAUACCCUGUGAACAUGAAGAUCUGCUGAAUAUCACCCUACGACUUUUACUCAACUUAUCCUUUGACACAGGACUGAGGAAUAAGAUGGUGCAAGUUGGACUGCUUCCCAAACUCACUGCACUCCUAGGUAAUGAAAACUACAAACAAAUAGCAAUGUGUGUUCUUUACCACAUUAGCAUGGAUGAUCGCUUUAAAUCAAUGUUUGCAUACACUGACUGUAUACCACAGUUAAUGAAGAUGCUGUUUGAAUGUUCAGAUGAACGAAUUGACUUGGAACUCAUUUCUUUCUGCAUUAAUCUUGCUGCUAACAAAAGGAAUGUACAGCUUAUCUGUGAAGGAAAUGGGCUAAAGAUGCUCAUGAAGAGGGCUCUGAAGUUUAAGGAUCCAUUGCUGAUGAAAAUGAUUAGGAACAUUUCCCAGCAUGAUGGACCAACUAAAAAUUUAUUUAUUGAUUAUGUUGGGGACCUUGCAGCCCAGAUCUCUAAUGAUGAGGAAGAGGAGUUUGUGAUUGAAUGUCUGGGAACUCUUGCAAAUUUGACCAUUCCAGACUUAGACUGGGAAUUGGUUCUUAAGGAGUACAAGUUGGUCCCAUACCUCAAGGAUAAACUAAAACCAGGUGCUGCAGAAGAUGACCUUGUUUUAGAAGUGGUUAUAAUGAUUGGAACUGUAUCUAUGGAUGACUCUUGUGCUGCAUUGCUAGCCAAAUCUGGGAUAAUCCCUGCACUCAUUGAAUUGCUAAAUGCCCAACAAGAAGAUGAUGAAUUUGUGUGUCAGAUAAUUUAUGUCUUCUACCAGAUGGUUUUUCACCAAGCCACAAGAGAUGUCAUAAUCAAGGAAACACAGGCUCCAGCGUAUCUCAUAGAUCUGAUGCAUGAUAAAAAUAAUGAAAUCCGAAAGGUCUGUGAUAAUACUUUAGAUAUUAUAGCGGAAUAUGAUGAAGAGUGGGCUAAGAAAAUUCAGAGUGAAAAGUUCCGCUGGCAUAACUCCCAGUGGCUAGAGAUGGUAGAGAGCCGCCAGAUGGAUGAGAGUGAGCAGUACUUGUAUGGUGAUGAUCGAAUUGAGCCGUAUAUCCAUGAAGGAGAUAUUCUCGAAAGACCUGACCUUUUCUAUAACUCCGAUGGAUUAAUUGCCUCUGAAGGAGCCAUAAGUCCAGAUUUCUUCAAUGAUUAUCACCUUCAAAAUGGAGAUGUAGUUGGGCAGCACUCAUUUCCUGGCAGCCUUGGAAUGGAUGGCUUUGGCCAAUCAGUUGGCAUUCUUGGACGCCCUGCCACAGCUUAUGGAUUCCGCCCUGAUGAACCUUACUACUACGGCUAUGGAACUCGAUAAAGUCAUCCCUUUCCAUUUGUACUCUCAGCUUAGAAGAAAUCUGUGUGGGUUGGGCUAACUUUGAAUCUUGACUAAUAAUGCAUGUUGAUAUUAUUGUGGGUCUGUGCUUCUUUUUAUUUUUUCCAUGUUGUUAGCUACAAAUUAACUCUGACCCCUCCGUCCUCUGUUAAGUAUAGUUGAUGUUUGACUUUGUUCACUCAUCAAACCACAUCUUGAUGAUGAAUAACAUUGCCCAUGUUAUUCAAAGAGACGCAAAAGAAAAUGCUGAAAAGCAACUAGACUGGAAAACAAACACUACAUUAUGUACAUUAAGUGACUAAUUUAAUUUCUAUUAAAAAGAAGGAUAAAGUACAAAUGAAUUAGCAAAA